AUGGAUAUUAUAUCUACAACUUUUGAUCAAAUAAAUACUCAUAUAAAAUUUACAAACCAAAAAAAAAUUGAAUUUCAAAAUCAUAUUGAAAAAGAAUGGGAGAUUAUAACCCAAUUAGAAUCUAACGAACAAUUCACUGUCUAUAUGUCAAAAAAAUUAAAAGGUCCAAAUUUUACAAAUAAUCGUUUUGGUUUAUGUACUGUUAAAAAAAUUAAAUCUCAAUAUUUUAAUGAAAAUGAAAUUUUAAAUCAUAUUAAAUUAAGAGAUAAUAAAUAUGUUUUAAAAUAUUAUGGGUGUGGUAAAGAUAAUAAUCAAGAUGUUUAUAUUUAUUUGGAAUUUAUAGAAUAUUCAAUACCAAUUUCAAAAGUUAAAUUAAUUCCAAAUGAUAGUUCAAUAGAUAAUUUUAAUAAUGUUUCAAAUACAAUUAUUGAAUUGGUAACAUGUAAAUUGGUAGAAUCAUUAAAUUGUAUUCACAAAGAUAAUAAAAUCGUUCAUGGUAAUAUAAAAGGUGAAAAUAUAUUAUUGGUUAAUGAUGAAAGUGAAUAUGGAUUUAGUGUUAAAUUUAUUAAUUUCUCCUUAAACAUUGGUUACGAAGAUUCAAUCCAUUUGGAUAUGUUUAAUUUGGGUUGUGUUUUAAUUCAAAUGUUGGGUUGUGACUGUACAAAAGAUGAAAAUAUUGAUUUUUUAUUUUCAAAAAUUCCAAAUCAUUUAGUUGAAAAAUUUAAAAAAGUAAUUUCACAAUUACUUUCUAAAAAUAUUAAUAAUCAAAUUCUAACUGAUAUAAUUUCCAAUAAGAUUACAACAAGUUUACCAAAAUAUUCAACUUUAAUUGGUGAACCAAAUGAUGGUUUAAUUUAUAUUGGAAUUCAAAACAAUUCUGAUGGUUUAAUUUUACCAUUAUUUAAUCAACCAAUUUGUAAAAAAACAUUUACAUAUGGUGUUUAUUAUUUAUCUUUAUCUUCAUUUCAUAGACAAUUAAAUGUUGGUGUAAUUCCUGAAAGUAUUCAUACAUUGGAAUUGGCUUCAUUUAAUCAAACCAUUUUACCAGGUGUAAUUCCAACUAGUGUUCGUACUUUAAAGUUACCAUCUUAUAACAAAACACUUACUCAAGGUUCAAUUCCUAAAGGGGUUAGAACAUUAUUAUUAUCAUCAUUUAACCAACCAUUAACAACAGACAUUAUUCCAAAAACUGUAACAAUUUUAAAAUUACAAUCUUUUAAUCAGCCAAUAGAAUGGGGUGCUUUACCAUGUAGUUUAGUUGAAUUAUCAUUAGCCUCAUAUAAACAACCACUUCAAUGGGGAGUGAUACCAUAUUAUAUUUCAACAUUAGAGUUACCAUUGGCUUCUGCACCAUUUAGCGAAGGUUCCAUUCCAAGUGGUGUUUCAAAAUUAAUUCAACAAGGUGAAAUACAACAAAUUAACAAACCAAUUAAAAUUAAUAAUGAAAAUAAUCAAAACUAUAUGUCCUGUUCUCAAAAUGAAUUUGAUUCAAAAUUAACUUUAAUUUUAAAUUCAAAGAUUACUAGAGAAUCAUUAUUUUUUGGUUUAAAAUAUUUAGAACUUUCAACAUUUAAUCAAUCAUUUGAAACUUUACCAAUUCCUGAAACUGUUGAAUACUUAAAGUUACCAAUGUAUAACCAGCCAUUAACACCAAAAUUAUUACCAAGCGGAAUUAAAUUUUUAAUAUUACCAUCAUUUAAUCAUCCAAUUAGGGGUGAAUCUAUUCCACCAUCUGUAAUUCACCUAGUUUUCAAUAAACUUUUUUCAGUUAUUGAAUCAAUACCUUCAUCAGUUAAAUAUUUGGAUUUGGGUGAUGAAUAUUAUGUUUAUCCAGGUCAUUUGUUACAUUCAGUUCUAUCAUUUAGAAGUGGAUUAAAAUUUAGAGUUACAGACCCCAUUCCAUAUUCUCAAUCGUUAACAAAUUUAAAUCUUUAUAAUUUUAAUAUUGAAUUAUUAAAAAAUGGUAUUUCAUCAAAUGUAACAUCGUUAACACUUGGUUCAAAUUUUACUAAUAUUGAAAGUUUAUCAAAUCUUCCAUCAUCAGUAACAAAUCUAUCAUUUGGUAUAACAACUUUAAAUGAAAAAGCUAUUUCUGAUAUUACAAAAUAUGUAAAAUCUACUGUAACAACAAUAACUGUUAAUAAUGAACAAAUAAGAAAAAAGAUAAAUUAA